ACUCACGACUUCCGGGUGGCGGGAGAUUCGGCUGCUUGUUGUUAGCGAAAGCUAGUUAGUAGCUAACUGCUAGUCAGGGAGGUGAUAAAAACAAACCGGAUUUGUGUGAAGAUGAAUUCUGAAGAAGACACUGAUCCUGUUGCAGUGAAUGAUCUCCCUUCAUCCAUUUCACCCAUGCAUUUACUAAGGAUGAAGGAUAUAAUGGUCAACCAGUGCUUUGACAUGAACAUUAAGGCCAAUAUGGCAGGCAAACUAAAGUCUUUAGAAACACUGGAUGCUGAAGCAGAUCUGUCCAAGUAUGAAAAAGAAAUAGAACAGGCCAGAACAUCACAUUUUAACAAAACACUGGUUUUAAACAGGAUGCAGGUCUGGAAUGUCAUCAUUGAGAAACUGAUACAGGAUGACGCCGGGGCAGCGCCACUGAAGGCACUUGUAGAUGAAAAUGCAGACCUUUGUGAAAAGACAAUGAAGAUUAUAAAGGAAACUCGAGAACUUCAGGACCAAAUCACAGAAGUUCAAAAGGAGAGGCUUGAGCUGAAAGGUCUCAUAAAAAACAAGAUGCAGGAGAUUAAUGAGCUGAAACAGAUGAAGGAGAAUCAGGGUGAGGCACAGAAGAAGGCUGUGGAAAGAGCUGAAGAAAUCCUGCAGAAGUACAAAAAGAUUGCUACCAUUUCCCAAAAUGUGCUUCGAGGGAUCAUCCUUGGGAGCAGGGUAAACUGGAUUGACGAUCCUAAACUGAAAGACAUUGCAAUGGGAUUGGAGAGCAUCCCUAACUGAGGAGUAGUAGUUUUAUAAAGAAAAUAUACAUAACAUACUGCAUACUCUGUGUACUUUUAUCUUAUCUAUUUAAAAAAAAAAAAAAAAAGAAAAUGUGUAUAUGUUUGUAAAUACUGGUGUGCUACUUUUUGUGAAAAGUCUCCCUUUAAUAAAUGCUUGGAUUUGCUUUACCACA